CUUAUGUUGUGCUUGGUCUGUACUUUUUGAUAACGUGCUACACCGGAUUUUUGGUCAUCAAAAGACGAGCUUAUACAUUCUCCAUACGUGACAAGGAACGACACCUUCUGGACAAGUUCAAGACACUUUCAGAGAUUACCGACGACGUAGAAUGGAAUCCUUGGGGGGAGGAGUUCGAAGAAGAAGGGGCAAUCCUCCAGCAUCACGUAGCGCCGCAGAUCCUCUGGGGAGCUGAACGACCUUUGGCCCAGCGGAGUCCGCUGGUCAGCGCCGACAACGCCUCCGCCGAGGACUUCGUUGUGGAGGUGUGGGGCAAGGCGGCAUAGGUCUCUAUCUGUGGGAGCACAUCUUCAACGCUGAGCUGGACCACAGGAUGGGUGGUGUGUGGAGCUAUGGCACCAAAAAAAUCGGCUCCAUUACCUUCAGGUUCCGGACUGGUCCUGGGGUCGUGCCCAGGAAAGUGCCCAGAGAAUCCGAGAACGUCCUGCUGGUGCUCAAUGGCAGGGAGGCUUCCAAGGUUGAGUUCGCCCGCACCUGGCUGGAUUUCCUCCCUGCCCUGCCGCGCCUGCGCAGCGCGGCUGUCCUGCUGCUUGGCAACGAGCAGUGCCGGAACGAUUGGAUCAAGCCCUACCUGACGUCACGGGGAGGGCCUCUGAGCCACGUCUUCCUCGUCUACGACAGCGCCGACAUCGACAACGCCAACUUCUACCAAUGGCCGCUGGGCGUGGCUACCUAUCGCAACUUCCCCAAGGUGGCGAGUGCUGGUGUACCGGUGAGCACCCGGCGGAAGUACAUGUGCAGCUUCCUGGGCACGCUCUACCACAACUCUUCACGCCAGCUUCUGCUCGAUGUCUUGGAGCGGAGCCCAUUCAAACGCUCUUGUUACAUCAAACCCAGACAAGAGUGGCAGCCACAAGAGACAGCAGAAACAAGGGAUGAUUACUUACAAGCACUGGCUCAGAGUGAUUUAACCUUGAACCCUGUAGGGCAAAAUACAGAGUGCUAUAGGAUCUAUGAAGCCAUGGCAUAUGGCUCAGUACCAGUUGUGGAAGAUGUCAUGACACCUGGAGAUUGUGGGUCCUCCCCAGCAUCAAAUGUUUAUCCUCUGCGUAUCCUGAAAGAACACAAUGCCCCUGUGAUUUACAUCAAAGACUGGCAAACACUUCCUGAGCUUCUGAAACAGGAAUCAAGAUUAAGUGACCAUGAUAAGGCUAAAAGGAGAGAAGAUCUGUUACUGUGGUAUGAGAAUUUUAAAGUGUCCAUGAGAGAGAAAAUGGUUAGAAUUCUGGAAGAGAAAUUUUUUAAUAUCAGGCUUAAGCCUCUAGAACGAUAGUAGAUGACAAACCUUUUAAAAUAUUGCUUUUGUAUUUUUGUUUGUGAGGCAUCAAGUAUUGUAGUUGUUUCUUUCCAAGCCAUUCUUUCAAUGAGAUCUGUUUAGAAGGAGCUACACCAGUGUCUUUCAGAGAAAAUGUAUGAUUGCUGAAAAUUGAAACAAGUGGUCAGUUGGUCAUUAGGCAUGUCUCCUAUUUGAAUACUCAUAUGACUGAAGAGUUCUUUGUGCUUUAGAGUUCUUGUCCCUUCAAAAUUUUAAUGAGCAGCUCAUUACACCUCUGACUGACUGGCUGUGGCCAUUUUGCUACAGUGAAACUCAGAACAUUACCCAGAGAGAGAUAUUGUCUGAUCAAAAACUUAUUAUAAAAUGUGAGAAUGUGGGAAAAGUGACAGAAAGGAAGUCCUUCACAGUGUGAUUAUUUAUUACAAUAUUUGAGUGUGCUGAGUGAAGUCUGGCAGGCAAAUUUUGAUUUUACUAUUAGUCUUCACCUCAGCAUUAAACAUAUGUCACAUUAGAUUACUUUAGAAUCGCUUUACUAAGGGUUGUGUUAAAAAGAUUAUCAGCAGUAGCAAUGUUAGUCUAAGUAAGUGUUAAAAGGUCUUCAAUCAUUAAUUGGUGUUUUCCUUUGUAAAGAAUGGCUGAGAGAAGUGAUCUGAUGUUGAAGAGGUCUAUAGAAUCCUAUGCCAUUAUUCCCUCUUUUCUGUUUUGGGGUUAUCUUGGUGUGUGUGCAUAAAAGAGUUUAUGUGAGAGACAGGAAAAAAGAUGUUCACAACCAAGUAUGCAUGUUUCUUCCUUGCAUCUGCCUUUUGAAAAAAUGUUUUUUAUCAUAAGGCUUUUGAGAGAAAAAUAUAGGAUGUUUUGAGUUCCCAUCUUUAUCAUGCUUUGAUUUUCUUUUAUUUCGUUGGUGGGACUCACCCUCCUCUCUUUAUUCCACCUCAAAUUUGUGUUCCCAAAACUUUUCACUGGUGUAAAUUUUUCAUCUCUGUAUUGAAAAUUCUUUUGACAUUUACGUUUAAAAAGUAUAUUUUCCAUUCCACAUGUAUCAUAUGGUCCUGAGUUUUGAUGUGCCGUUUGUUUGAUGAAUUUUUAAAGGAUGUUGUCUGUUUUGUCGUUUUGUUUUGGUUUUUUUUUAAUUGUUUUAUUUUUUUCAUAAUCUAGUAAAGAUUAAUUUUCUUUGUUAUAUCAAGGAAAGAUAAGCAUUGGCCUUGAUGACAUUCGCUGACUGUUCCUUGCUCAGUAAAAUAAAUAUAUAGAGCAUAUAUACAGAGCAGAGCUGAGACCAAAGCAUUUUUUUUCCCAAGUUGUAUGAGCAACUUGUCAGUCAUUGCAGCAUCAAUAUGCCUCCUAGUGAAUUUUACACUUAAAGGCAUACAAAUCAAGUAAACGUCCAUAUUGGGAUUUUUUUUAAAUCUAGGAAGACAUUGAAGUAUUGUGUGUGAACUAUUGUUCUAUAUCAAACAUAAAAAUCUUUAUAGAUUUUGAUUUUUGUUUUUUGUAGUUUCUCUUGGGCCCACUGUAUAUCAUCGAAUAUGAAGACAUUUUUCAAACAUUAUUAUUUCCUCAGUGUAUGGUAAAUUAUAAAGCCUGAUACAAGAACAGGAAAAAGGGGUAUUGUUAAUUAGGGAAAGAGUGCAUGCUUUGGGGUUUUUUAUUUUUUUAUUUUGCUCAUUUUUUUCUUCAUUCCAACAUACUGUUUCUGUAAAGAGAAACUACAAAAUUCAAUUGUCUGCAUCAUCUCUAUUGCUGCUUAUUUUUGGGGAGUAAAUAAAAUAAGCUGCUAAAUUAUUGCUUUCAUAAAUUAAUGCAUGUGUGGGUUAGACAUUCUGCUAUUUUACAUUACAUUGUUAGUGACUUUCCCAAGGGAAGAAAACCUUCAGGUUAAUUUUAUUUCAGGGUUGUUUUGUUUUUUUGGGGUUUUUUUUGUUGUUUUUUGGCAUAAAAUGUUGAGCAAGUACAUAAGUGAUUGUGGUGGUAGUAUAUAUGGGUGCGCCUGCAUUUACAUGCACUUGCACAUAAUUGUUCAUUGCUGCAUCAAUGCUUACCUUUUUCUUUUAUGCUUUACUUGUGCACAGACCUUUCAUCUACAUCUUGAUAUUAGUGUUGUAGUUGUGUGAGAAUUUUAGGAUUCACCAUCGUAAGAUUCUUCAGGUCUGAUGGAGAUGAAUGUUAUGUAAGAAAUGUCAACAUAAACUCGUGCUUGUGAAUAUGCUACCCACACACAUAAUCUCAUUGACAAACACGUGUGUAGACAAAAUAACAUAUGGAUGUGUCUGAAGAAUUCAUCAUUGUGUUAAUACUUGCCAGUAAAUCACAUGGUGGUUUGGCUCAUUUUUUUCAUAUUGAAAAGUUAAACGCCAAAUUUAAAGCUUAUGAUGAGAAAGAAUGGUUUGACCCAAACACACAAUGUGCCGACUACCCUUGUGGUCAGUCUUCUAUCCUAAUGGUUAUUCUUCACUAAUUGGUUUCAUCUGGCCUGAUAGGUACAACCAUCUUCCUCUGCUGGAUUGAAAUUCAUUCUUUCCUGCUGGACAGUGAAUGUUCAGCCUAUAAAAUUGUUGUUCUUGUUUUAAUUUUCUUGCACUUAUUUCAUUUCCAUUUUUCUUUGCAAGGAUGCUAAUCACUGCCAGGUUGCUUUGGAAACAUGUUGGGGGCAGGGGCUGCUUCAAUAAUCGUUGAUGCUUGUAAGCAGAAGUUGACAGUUUGAUCUAAAAGUUAGUAUCAUGCAUAUAUAUAUCACAGUGACACUAUUAUUGCUUAAUCUUCUUAAUCUUUCACAUGUAUUGCCUGAUUUUGCAGUUAAGGACUAAUGUAGCAUCGACUUUGAGUUCUCAGAUGAGAGACCCAAGUCUUGAAGGCCGUUGUCAUGUUAACUUUUAUGACAGUAUGGUAUUAGUGUUCCAUUGCCAUAUUCAGACUUUGAAAAAAUCUGACAGUAUAAAAUCUUACAUGUGUAUAUCAUUAUAUUCAUGGAGGUGAUGUUUUCUUAAAAACAGUCCUGACUUAAAUGAAUUGUGGUGUGUAAUCAUUUUUGUUAUCGAUUCUUUUUUCAUCUUGUUUUUUCACAUUAGUUAUAAUUUUAUUCAGCAGAAUUUUGAACUUUUUAAGUUAUAAGACAGCUUACUGUUCUGUGCUAUUAGGGCUUUAUUCAUGCAAGUCAAAUUUUUAUUCCUUAUUUCAGCCCUAAACAGUGGUCAGGAUAAAUGUUGAUUGGAUCUUGUAGCACUAAAGCUGUGCAGGCUUGAAAAUUCUAGCGCAACUCACAAGAUUAAUGACACCAAGGAAAAAAAAAAUUAGUACCAAAUUGCUUAAAACAAAUCAACAAGAUCAUUUUUCAUUAAUUUCUUUUGGUCCAAGAAACAUCUCUUGCAUGUGUUUCUUUAAUGAUGUGGCAUCAUGCCAGGGUUGGCGUGGCUGGUCAUGAUAAGGCCUUAAUUGGUGAGUCAACUCAGCAGUCAAUGUCCUGGUUUGCUAUACACUACAGUACUGAUGCUUUUGUGUGUGUGUGCUUCUAAUUCUCAAUCUAAAGGUGAGUUCUCACCAAAAUAUCUACAAAUUGCGUCCUAAGAGGUAAUGAAUAUUGUGAUGCAGAUGCAUCUCUUUCUGUAGAUGUCUUACUGCUGCGUGUCACCAGAUUAAACUUUAGUUUUCAGACAGAUGCUAGAUCUUUAAUAGUGGAUAAUUUUACCACUCUUUUUGUAAGGACCUGUAAAAGUCAAACUUUAUGGUUUUAAAAAUAGCAAUGAAUAAUGACAAGUAUUUCCAAAAUUACCAUAAUCUGCAUUUUCUCUCACCAAGAUGGUGCUAUUAGUGUAAGAAAAAGUUUUUAAAUUUUUUACUGACCUCAGAAAAGCACCAAACCUCUUUCUCACUUCCUCCAAAGAUGCACAUACAUUGUACAGCGUUGUUUAAAUUGUGAAUAGUCCUGUGGCCUCUUCUUUUUAGAUUUUAUUGGAUACUUUUUAAAGUAUGUAUUUUCACAUUCCAGCACUAAGGGAUGCAAGUAUUUGGUUCUUUUGUUCAUGUUUACUGAAGCUUCAUCACUUUCAUGGACGUUAUAAAAACUUAGUUUUCCCUGUAUAUUAUUGUUUGCUGCCAUGAAUGGUUAGCCCUGUUGAGUGAAUUCUGAAAAGCAUGCUUGCACAGAAAGUCUAUGAGCACUAAGGAAAUAUAAGAAUAGACUUUUUAUUGUGUACGUUUGCUGGAGGGUGGAUGAAGAUAUUCCACUACGGAUCAUGCAGAAAUAUAGCAACUAGGGCUUACAAAUAGCUGAAACUGUUAUUAGGCAGUCCUAUGGUAAUAUAGAGCAGAGGCAGAAAUUUAGCUUUGAUUAAAAUAGUUCUGUGUUUGUAAAAAUUAUCUGAAGACUUGUACCAGUGAUACUUAAAAAAAAGCAGCUACUUGUUUAAAUUUGUUAGGUAGAACUAAUGCAUUGAAUGCGUAGUGAAGAAGAUGCCAUGACUAUCAGUUACCAGGUAAUAAAACCCUGAAAGUUUUCAGAUUUUGCCUAUCAUGAAUUCAAUAUUCAUUAUUAUGAAUUUGUUAUCAAGGUGGAAAAGACAAUGUUAUGUUCAAUUUUACAUUAUGAAGUGUCUUCUGCUGCUGAAACAUGAUAAGUUUUGUUCUUUGUGUACUUUGCUUCAUCAAGCCAGCUUGUUUUGUCUAAUGGCCUUUGAAGCCUAUGGCAGUUAUAAACAAUUUAAGGUUAAUUGUAAAUAAAAUUAAAACUUCAUCCCACUGUGAAACCUGAACUAUAUGUGGCCAAAAAUAGCAACUUGAGCUCAGUAAAAUGAGGAAUUUAUAGUGGUGACUGGUGAACCUGAGACAUUGAAUAUUGUGAAUAAUUCACAACUAGCUUAAUGACUUGUAUCUGAGAAUAGUUUCAUCCCAGAACUCAAAUAACAAGAAAUAAGGGAUUUCAUAUGUGAACAAUUAUCAAAUUAUUCUGUUGUCACCCUUAAAGACAAAUCAAACUGCAAUUUUAUUCAAAUUGAUUACAUUCAAUUUGUUAAAACACUAGUUAACAGCAUGGUUCCAUUGAUAAGAUACAAGCUUUUAAACAUUAAGGUUUUAGAAAGAAGACCCAACAGUAUUACAAAGGUAGGCUAUCAAAUUGAGUAAUGUCUCAUUAGUCUUCUAGUUGGUGCAGCCAUCAUAGUUUAGUUUUGAGAAGUGUAGAUUUUGAAGUUAAUGAUUAUUAUGUUACUGCAUAUACAUCAGCACAUGUACAUUUCUUUUGGUUGUGAAAAGCCCCCAUCAAUUUAGGAGCUGAGGUGUUCUUGUUUUAAAUUUUUUGUUGCAUUAUAACAGCUUUAAAUAUGAGGAUUCAAGUAUUUACAAAUAUUUAUGUAUUUGACUGAAAUACACCGAUACAUGCUCUCAGACACAAAGAAACAGAAGACAUAGAAGCAGUUAACUUCUGAACAUUCUUAUUCAAUAAAGAAACCUUUGUUUUUCCUACUCCUGCGAUAACCAGUGACAAACAUUUAGUGACUCUUGGUCUUUCCAGUUAGUCAACAUAUCAUAUUUGAGUCUAUGAUCAUUGUGAUUGCAAAAGAUGUUCUUGUGAUAAAGAUUGAUAAUUUGUGUGUUUUUUUGUCCAACCAACCACCAAGCCUUCCCUUAACGCCCACUUCCUGCCUUUUCCAGUGCAGAAAGUCAAGCAGUGCUAAUGCAAUUAGCUAACACAGAGCAUUUCAACAUUAAGUUUUAAAAGUGGUGAUUGAUUGGGGUACCAUUUUCAUCACUUUAUGUUUCAUCUGAGGAAAAAUAUUAGUCACAAUGGUGUAUUAAGAUGUUUUUAUGGACAUUUCACAACUUUAUUGGAUUGGAUUUUGUUGUUUCUUUCUCAAUCAUUUUUUAAGGCUACAGACAGUAAAGAAAUAAACUGUAAUAUUUUAGAAUUAAUGCAUAAUUAUUUCUAGAUAUAUUUUAAAUUAGCAAAAAAACUUUAUAAGAAAUCUUGCAUAGUUUACAUUUUUGUUUUCUUGUAUGGUUGGUUUGUGCCUUUCGGCAUUUUGUACAUUUCAGCUUAAGCAAGUACAUACACCAUGGAAUAUUCAGUUGCUGACAUGGUGUAAAACUCCAAUCAACUAAUACCAUGGAGUAUAAGCCAACUUUUUUUUUUUUUUUCAUAUUUUGAUAGGAUAGGAAAAUGUUAAUAUGAUUGCAUAAUAGGAUUACACCAUCAUGCAAACAUUUAAGCGAGUCUAAGAUUGCUUGCCUGGGUUUUCAUUUUCCAAGAUUAUGUCUUCUCAGAGCAAUGAAACUAUCUUUUGCUUUUAAGAUUAACAUUUAUAAGAUUUGCAAACCACUCUGUAAAAAUAGAGGUGGGGGGGAUUGUACACAGCAUCUCAACUUUUUAAUUAUUAACUGGGAAGAGUGUGUAUUUUAAAGUGCUUUUCUAUAAAUGCUAAAUUUUAAGACCAAUUUAUCCAGUUGGUCAUUGUUGCAGUUACUGUCAUAUUGUCGAUUGAAAAAAAAAAUGAAAUUUCUUCGGCUUUUUGGAUGUACAAUAAAAGCCAAAACUUUCUUAAAUGUCUGUUUAGUUCUGUAUUUUUAGUACAGUCCCAACUCAUUAUCUUGCCAACCCUACCUCUUGGUGCACUUAGGCAGAGUAGGUUUCCUCUAAACUUACUCAAGUAAUAAAUCAUACCUCUUCUUUAUUUUGCUACCUUUCUCUCUUGGCCAUCAUUUGGUUUGGAUAAAUGGUGGCUUCAUGAUAAGUUGGGACUGUAUAAGCAACUCUGCGCUUGUGUGUGUGUGAGGUUAAUUGGGGUGAGGGGGUGAAUACACAUGCGGGAAGACUGCAUAACAAAACUGCUUACUCAUUGGUCAUAAAUAUGAAACAAGAACUUCUAGUUUGUUGAAGUACUCUGCAUAACUCCUUUUCAUCAUUGUCCCAACACUCCAUCUCACUGCAGCACCUCGAUUUUCCAACCAAUGCUUCAUGGAGUUCAAAUUGAAGUGACCACAUCAUCGGUACUCAGAUUUACUGAAUGUAUUUGAAACAAGCAUGUUUUGUAUAUCAACCUCCAAAAUUAAUCAAUGAAAACUUUAUUGAAAGAUCCAUAUUUCUGUAUCAUUUGUCACCUUCCAUAGAAGACAAAAGGUAAUACAACAAUGACUUAUAGUCUUGCGGAAUACGGAUCAUAUAUUUUAGUUUGUCAGUCACUUAUUUAAUAGUGAUAUGAGUCUAAAUAUGUCCUCUAACAGCAGGUACCAGCAAGGGGGAGCAGUCUGCAACAGACAGUACCUGUCACCUAUACAAUAAGGAUUCAAGAUCUAGUCUCAGGCACGCUGUUCUUUCUCUGCAUAUGUUUACAAUUCUCACCCCAACACACACACAAACCUUGGGCAAGAGGAGGGCCAGCUUGCUCCAUGUCUGGCUGGUGAUGGACUGAUAAUGAGUAGUGAUAUGCUUUAAGUGUAUAUUAUAUUUCUCUCUCUCAACAAUCAUUGCUGGAUUAUAAAUACAACAGAUAAAUUUAUUAAACAUAAAUUCUUUCUGGUCCUUGGUUGACUGCAUUAACUCUGUAUUUGAUGUCAUGGCAUAUGCUGAUUUCAACUAAUUUCCUACUAUACAAUACAGCCAAUGUCAUGACUUGCAUAUUUUUGGCACCUGUUGUUAGAAUGCUCAGUUUAUAAUCUUUUUACAUCUACUGUGAUACAAGGCAAUUACACUAAAACGGAAAAUGCAUGCAUGCAUUUUACACAUUAAUGUCAACCUUUAAGCUCAUAAAAAUAAAUUUCAAAUUAUUUCUUCAGACAUUUAUCUGUCAUCUCUGCAGGACUUCCUGCAGAUUUCAAAAUUAUAAAAUGGAAAGUUACAAUGCAGAUGGAUCAAAAAACAACAAAUAUCAGCAGCAAAUAUAUACAUGUGUUGGGUUAUUGUAAACACACAAAAUUAUUCACAUCUCUCUGCUGUUAAAACCAGACUUGUUGUGGACAAAAAUAAUUUCUUGAUACCUGUCACAAAUAAUAUGGGGAACAAACAAUAUAAUCACAUAAUGUAAAUGCAUCUUGAAAAUCCUGGCGAAAUUUAUUUUAUCCUUAAGGCCUUUUACAGAAACAUGCUAAAUCAUGAUUUUCAGUUCACAUGAAGAAAAG